AUGCGACAAUUGUGAAAUUGUUGCCGAAAACCACGACUGGAACACCUACUACGAUGGCUACCCGGAGUACGGAGUCAACCCUCCCCUCCCCCAUUCCCGUUGACCGCACCUUCUCUUCAUCGAGGCACAGCAGCGAGGUUCUUCGGUACCUGAACACGCUCCGCACCGAGGCCCUCCUCUGCGACAUCACGCUGAUCGUCGACGGGAAAGAAAUUCCCGCCCACAAGAACAUCCUCGCUUCUUGUAGUGAUUAUUUUCGUGCCAUGUUCACUCGUGGGAUGAGAGAGUGUAACCAGGACAGUGUUGAGAUUAAAGCGGUGCCAUACAGCGGACUGGAGAAUGUUGUACAGUACAUGUACACGUCGCAGAUCACGCUGAACUCAGAAACGGUGCAGGACGUUCUGACAACCGCCAACCACCUGCAAAUAUCUGCGGUGGUCCAGUUCUGUCACGAGUACUUGAUCUCCAUCGUGGACGUGGACAACUGCGUGGACAUCGGGAAGAUCGCUCAGACCUUCAGCCUGCUGGACCUGCGCAGCGUGGUGGACAGGUUCAUGCUGCGGCGGUUCUCCGUGCUGGCGGACCAGGACGACUUCCAGCGACUCAGCAUCGACGAGCUGGCCACCCUGCUGGAGAGCGACGACCUCUGCACCUGCUCAGAGAUAGAGGUUUUUGAAGCCGUAGUGAAGUGGUUGGAGUACGACACGUCCCGGCAGCAGCACAUGAGCGAGCUGAUGUCACGUGUGCGGUUCCCGCUCAUGUCGCCGGCAGAGCUGGUGGACCGGGUACAGACCGUGGACUUCAUGCAGACUGACGUCAGCUGUAUGCGGAUUCUGCAGGAGACAUUCAAGUACCACGUUCUACCGCACAGACAGCCGGUGAUGCAGUCAGCCCGUACCCAGGUCCGUUCCACGUCCAGUCACCUGGUGAUCGUGGGCGGCGAGCCGUCCUCCCGGGCCAGCGAGACCCUCAUCCGCAGCGUGAAGUUCCUGGACACCGGCGGGUCGUCCUGGCGGGAAGUCACCGCCAUGGAGAGACCCCGCAGUCACAAGGGCGUGGCCGUGUUGGGCAACUUCCUCUACGUAGCAGGUGGGUCGUGUACAAGUCACCUUGGCCGCCUAACGGCCACGAACGAAGUGCACCGUUACGAUCCUCAGCAGGACUCGUGGUUCCAGACGGCGUCCAUGUUGGAGAGCAGGACGGACUUCCACCUCGCCGCCAUCGGGAACCAACUCUUCGCGGUGGCGGGAAGGAACGACGCCGACAAGCUGGCCACAGUCGAACGAUACAAUCCCCAUAAUGACGAGUGGACAUACGUGGCGUCUCUGGACGAGCCUGUGGUCAGCCACGCCGUCUGUGUGGACAGAGGCUACCUGUACGUGUCCGGGGGGUACAAUGGGAGUUUCCAGAACACCUUUCAAAGAUAUAACCUCGAGGCUGACCGUUGGGAGAAUAUGACCGCCAUGACUACGGCCAGGGGAUGGCACUGCAUGACGUCAUCACACGACCGGAUAUACGUCUUUGGCGGGACGUGCGAAAACGGAAGUGGCAUCCGGGGUGUUCUACAGGACGAGUGUUACGAUCCAAGUACUCAACAGUGGGCAAAAACAUCCCCGAUGCUGUGUACUAAGAGUGAAGCAGGAAUAGCGGUGUACCAGGGCAAAAUCUUCAUCAUAGGCGGGUACAGCUGGGAUAGGAACGAGUUCUCUAAGUCUGUGGAGUGUUACCUACCGGAGGAGGACAGGUGGGAGAAGGUUGCAGACUUGCCAGAGCCCUGUACGGGGGUUGGCUGCAGUGUGCUCCGCCUGCCGCAGUGUGUCACUUCUAACUGUAACCACGCCCACCCGGAGAGAGCAGCAGCCAAUAGCGUCACGUGA